AGCGGAGACUAGUGAUGGUGGCGGGGAGGCCAUGGCGGCUACCCCAGAGGACAGUGAAAAGGACAGUGAGGCCACGACCUGCCCUGCGGAGGAAGGCAUGCAGGCCACUGACACCCCCCCAGAGGCCGCCCUGCCGAGGACUCAGGAAUGUGCGACAGGAGGAGAGGUGAACGCUAGUGCCAUGGGGGGUAGUGGGGGGAGUGAGCGGGAAAAGUGCGACACCCCAGGGCUAAAGGAAACCACUGGGGAGGAAACGGCUGGUGAUGCCCUCCCGCCACCCCAGUCUAGUUUACCGGAGACGGAGGUGCGGAGGCGGAGGCUACAGCACUUUGUCUCCAUGGGGGGGGCGGCCACUAACUUGGACACUUCGAGCCCAGUGGCGGAUGAAGCAGACCAGAAGCGACUGGCAGAUGCAUCACCCGCCUCAGACAAGGUGCAGGGAGUGGAUGAUGAGAAGAGGAAGGAGGAGGAGGUGGAGGAGGAGAAGGAGCAGGGCAAGGAGGAGCCCAGGCCGCCGGGAAGCAUUAAAAUCCGCCUCAAGUUCUUGGAUGAGACGCAGCGCCACGUGUUUGCCCAGCUGACGGAGAAAGUUGGCUCUUUUAAAAGACAGCACUUCUCCAUCGAGCUGGACGACAACCGACGCAUCCGGCUCAUCUUCAACGGCCAGCUCUUAAGCCGGGAUUCCUCCACACUAGCCCAGUACGGCCUCUUUGAUAACUGCGUCGUUCACUGCCAUGUGUCACAGCCCCAGCUCCUCCCUCGCACCCCAGGCCGGUCGGGGGAGGCUGCAGCACAGGAGGAGGAGGACGCCUAUGUCUCCAGACUAUUGGCGCCGCUGCUGUACGCGGUGAUGGUGGUGAUGUGGUACCUCCGAUACGAGUACGGACACCUCUUCAACACCAUGUCCACCAUCAUCCUGCUCUUCCUCACUGCCCUGCUGCUCAUCUCCACCUACCUGCUCUACAUCACACAACAUGUGCCUCAAACCGCCACUGCCGCAGCCGCCACGCCUGUAUCCGUCACCACAUCCUUCUCUACAUCCUCCUCCACUUCCUCCUCCGCUUCCGCCUCUCCGCCCUCCGCUGCUGCCUCUACGUGAGUCUAGUGUGGCCUGUCGGGUGUCUAGGGAUAGCAUAGUGGUUUGUUAUUGUAGUUGCUGCCAUCCAGCCUGUCACCCGCACCCCAGACUAGUUCCUGAGUGGGUGAUGUUAGUCUGUUGUUGUGGAAAUAAUUGUGUGUGCUGGAAAUUUAUCUCGGGUGAAAAUGGUCAGAAGAAAAUGCCAGAUACGUCGCGAAAUUAUCCUAUGCAUGUGUGAGAAGGCGUUGAGAAAGAAAGCUACGUAAACAAUGAAUUUGUCCCAGGUGUGAAAAGUGGUUAGGAGAAAGAAAAUACAGAUGUCGCAAAUUUAUAUCAUGUGUUGGUUGGCUGAUGUUAAUUUCGUUGUUGUGCGGAAAGAGGUAAAGAAAACAUACAAAAACGUACAUUUAUCCAAGGUGAAAAAAAGAGGUCGGUAAGGCCUGUGUGAAAAAGCUUAAAUUUAUUGUGCAUGUGAAAAGAUGUUGAAAAAAUACAUGAACCAUAAAAUUAUCUUAUGGUGAAGAAAAAAAUAACUGAAAAAAUAUAUACAAUCUGCAAAAUCAUAUACACUUCACGUGCUAACAAAGCUCGGAAAAAAAAAUGAAAACAUAAACAACAAAAUAACUUCAUAUGUUAAAAUAGAAAAGGUUGUAAAAAUAAAAUCAACCUAAAAAUUAUCUCACAACACAAACCAUUUAAAAUUAUACCCUAUGUAAAAAGACGCAAAUACUAUGUCCACUACUUUUCUGGGUUAGGGGUCAGGGAGGGAAGGGGCAGGGGCGGGCGAGGGGGAGUGGAGUGGCGUAGGGGACUGACUGACCGACUGACUGGCUGGCAACACACUACUGCAUUAUUAUUUUUUGACAUAGGUGUGAGUCGUUGCAUCGAAGCGUGCUCUCGGAACACACGCACAAAGCCUUUCUGGGGUGUCUUUACUUAUUUUUGUUUGUUUGUCAUCACGGUUUGCAGGAAGUGAGUGUGUGAAGAUGGUGGAGAGUGUGGUGGCGAUAUGAUUGUGUAGGUGAUGAUGAUGGGGAGUGGUGUUGAGGUGUUCACAGGUCCUUGCCUCACCCGCUGCCUGUCUGUCUGUCUGUCCGCCGUACUUAUAUAUAUAAACCCGACGGAAAGUUUGUAUUUUUACCAUUCUGUCCUCCUUCCUAAUUUAUUAUGUUUUGUGAUAAUCAUUUUAAGAAGGGAUAAUAAGAAGACCGUGUUUUUGUGAUAACUUAGAAUACGUCGCUUUUUGCUUUUCUUUAUUUUUUUUUUU